AUGCUAACCCUCCCUCUAGGUGAUACUUUGACUGUGCCCACCAAGUCUAUGAUAGAGUCAGUCACUCUGGCCAGUGUGGGUGACUCUGUCUACAAUGAGGACUCGGACACUCUUGCUCUUGAACAAAAAGUAGCCGAAUUGACCGGUCAUGAGGCCGGCUUGUUCUGUGUUUCUGGAACGUUGUCCAACCAGAUCGGUCUCAGAACUCAACUAUUGCAACCACCGCACACUGUUUUGUGUGAUUAUCGUGCUCAUGUGUAUGUUCACGAGGCUGGUGGAUUGGCAACUCUUUCGCAGGCCAUGGUGUCUCCAGUGAAGCCUUCCAAUGGCCUCUAUCUCACUUUGGAAGACGUCGUCGAGAACUUCAUCGAGGAUGGCGACAUCCACCGGGCUCCUACAAAAGUUGUUUCUUUGGAGAAUACAAUUCAUGGCAUAAUCCACCCAAUUGAGGAGAUCAAAAGAAUAUCGGAGUGGUGCAAGAGUAACGGGAUCAAGUUGCACUUGGACGGAGCCAGAAUCUGGAACGCUUCAGUGGCCACUGGCCUGUCAAUCAAGGAUAUUGCAAAAUACUUUGAUUCUGUGUCUUUGUGUCUUUCCAAGGGCUUGGCAGCUCCAAUUGGAUCUGUUCUUGUGGGACCCAAAGCCUUCAUCCAGAAGGCCAAUCACUUCAAGAAGCAAAACGGUGGUGGUAUUAGACAGUCAGGUUUUCUUGCACGCAUGGCCUCCAUUGCUAUAGAUGAGAAUUUGCCCAAGCUACAGUACUCGCAUGAUUUGGCUAAAGAUUUCGCCGAUUACGCUGUGUCCUUGGGGAUCAAAUUGGAGUGUCCCACUGACACCAACUUUGUUUUCUUCGAUCCCAAGGCCAACUCCAUUGAUCCAAACUUGGUGGCCAAAUUAUCUGAGAAGUAUGAGAUCAAAGCUUAUGGUUUCAGGUUUGCUUUCAGCUUCCAGAACUCCAAGGAGUCAGUGGAGAGGCUAAAGCUUCUGACGAAGGAGCUUUUGGAGCUCUCCGAGAAAGCCCCAGCUGGAGCUCCUAUAAGUAACAUGACGUACUAUUCAGGCGUGCAAAAGUGA